CCACCUCCCAAACUUCCGGUGUGCAGUCCGAGCCGGAGCGAGGCAGCGGGCUGCGCUCUGAGCCUGCUCUCGGGGCGUCCGUGACCGCGACCCUGAGCGUGUUGGCGGCUCCGGGGCCAUGGUGAAAAUUAGCUUCCAGCCGCCCGUCGCCGGGCUCAAGCCCGACAAGGAGACAACGGGCGAUGGGGCCAACUCGGAAAUCCUCCUGCCGCAGACCCUGGAGGAUGGACUGCCCCCAGGGACCACAGCGGCGCGGAGGAACUUGAUCAGCAGCAUGUUCACCCUGACCACCGGCAUCGUCCUCCUCCUGGGCCUGCUCUUUGCCUCUGUCUACAUGUACAGACACUACUUGAUACCUCAGAUCUCGCACCGGCCUCGGGAGAACGUGUUCCGCUGUGGGGUCCUCUACGAGGACUCGCUGUCUUCCCCCUUCCACAACCGCCUGGAGCUUCAGGAGAACGUGGAGAUUUACAUCAAGGAGGACUAUGAGCACAUCAACAUCCCCGUGCCCCAGUUCGGGGGCGGCGACCCGGCCGACAUCAUCCAUGACUUCCAGCGGGGUCUCACCGCCUAUCAUGACAUUGCUCUGGACAAGUGCUACGUCAUCGAGCUCAACACGACUAUCGUGAUGCCCCCCAGGAACCUCCUGGAGCUGCUGGUAAAUGUGAAGAAGGGGACGUACCUGCCCCAGACCUACAUCAUCCAGGAGGAGAUGAUCGUCACCGAGCACGUCAGCGACAUGCGGCAGCUGGGCUCCUUCAUCUACCGCCUGUGCAGCGGCAAAGAGACGUACAGACUGCGGCGCCGGGCCGCGCGGAGGCGCAUCAACAAGCGGAAUGCUGGGAACUGCCACUCCAUCCGACACUUCGAGAACACGUUCGUGGUGGAGACGGUGAUCUGCGAGCAGUAGCCUCCGCCCCGCUCCUGCCCCUCCCCCGCGCCCCCGGCCCGCUCUGCUCUCCCCGGAAGUCUUCCCUUGGGCUUUCUCCCGCCCAGACCUCUCUGCUCUUUGCUCCCCGCCCUGUGCAGGGCUGCAGCCCCCGGGACCCCUGUGUCUCCCCUCUAUCUCUUAGCAGUGCCUGACAGUAGUUUUUUGGGGGGUGGGGGUGGGGAGACGUCUAUUGGGUGAUUGCAAACAGAAGUUCUGCGGCUGGAGAUGAGGACGCCCUGGGGAUGUUCAUUGAACCCCGGAGGCUCCCCUCCCUCUUGGGAGAAAUCACAGACUCCAGCCUCCUCCUCUGGAGGGGACCUCCCCGGCGAAGGCCUAGGCUGGGGGGGCUGGGGCGGGGCCGAAGAGCACAAGGGGGGGUGGGGGCUGGUGCCCAGCACAUUUCUGCCCAGGGCCCGCGGGUGGGGGGGUGGGGGUUGUUCUCAGGGAAGGGGAAGCUCGGAGAACCAGACAAUCUGUCCCCGGAGCAGAACCAAAAAGCGUGGGGGGAGGGGGGAGAGGGGAGGCGGCCGCCAGGGCCAGUUACCCAGGGCCGGGGUGGGCAGAGCCUUGCAAGGAAGCUCUGGGGAAGCCCCGGCUGGGCCCUCGAUGCAGGAACUCGCGGGCUGGGCGGGCUGGGGCGGGGUCAGCGGGUUGGUCAAGCACACGGGGUCGGGGUCCUGCGGGGCCGGGGAGCUGUGGGCCCCUAACCCGGCGCCUCCUCCAGGCCCCCAUCAGGGUUGGGACCGGCCAUCCAUCCUUGGACUGAGGCCGGGGGUCAGUCUCUUCAUUGUACUGAGGGGGCUGGACCCUGGGCUUCAGGGGGGACAGCAUGCUGCUUGGAGGUGGGUUUUAGGGGGGCUUGCUUCUCCAGAAUUAGAGCUGGUGUUUAAAAGGGGGUGGGGGGCGGGAUCCAGUCGGGGUUCGCUUUUGAAAAGGCACUGGGAGAAAAAGCCAGAAUAAGCUGCAGUUUAUGCCCAGCCUCCUCUUGGCUUCUAGGACUCUCCUCCCUCCCCCCUUAACCUUCCCCUCGCUCCCCCCUCCCCAAGCCCUGCGGUUGGGGCAGAUCUAAAUCUCGUCCCCGUCCCUGCAUGGUCCCCCGGUCCCCUGACCUGCUACCAGCGCAGCUGAAACCUUAGUGAGCUGAAGGCCCGGCUGCCCCCGCCUCACCUCGGCCCGCCCCUGCUCUGUUCUCCUCCGUUAGAUCCUGUUUUGGGAAACGUCCAUAAAACAAUAAAAUCUUUGACCUCUGACUCGCGGUGUUCUGGGGAGGGGGCUGCUCCCCUCCCGGAGUCGGGGUCCCAUAGCCAUA